GUCACAACAACAAAACUUCUAUAAAUUUUGAUUGAGCGUCGUCUUCUCCCCGGAAACUGACAAUUAUUUUGCAAUUUUACACCACUGAUCUCUGCACAACUAUGGCAGGUGUCUCCUUGUUUAAGUCUUUCUUCUUUGUGAUAAUUUCGGUGCUGGGUUUUGCCGUUUGCUUCCAAACUGUGUUUCAAUUUGCGGUGUUUUUAUUUCGGAAUGGCUUCAGCAGCAAGGUGAUUGGUUCUCAACAACAACAUGAACAACAACAGAGCCAGAGAGAAUCUAGUGAAGAUGCAGCAAAUCCAUACCUGAGUCACCUCCUGCUGGACAUUCUUCUCAUUGUUGCAUUUAUCCUACAGCAUACCCUGAUGGCUUGCACGCUAUGGAAAGACUUCAUCCAAUGGCUGGGCUUAGAAGUGGUGGAGCGAUCCCUGUAUAUAUUGGCUACAUGUGCAGCUCUGCAGCUCCUGAUGUUUAACUGGAGGCCUCUGUUUCCAGAAACCAUUCUCUGGUCCCUCGAUGCGGACAGUAGAGUCGUCCAGAUCAUCUUCAGUUUUGUCUACUUUGUGGCGUGGCUGUUUGUGAUCGGAGUUGUGUUGGUGUUAGACUACGCUGAGCUCGUCGGUGUUAAACAGGUGUAUUACUAUCUAAUGGACUUGGAGCCCCCCCUUCAGUUGAAAUCACGAGAGUACCAGAGGCUGUUUAGCAACUUUCGCCACCCCAUCCUGACGGGUUUGAUGAUCAUCCUUUGGGUCGUUCCGGUCAUGACGGUCGGUAGACUCGUCCUAGCCCUUUCACUGACACUGUACACCUUUUAUGGUCACCGUCUGGACAUGCACGACUAUGACUACAUCCGCUUGCAGCAUAAACUGAAGAAGGUCACGCUGGGGUCACCACAGGGUCAUGCUCACCCGGGGUCACCACAGGGUCACGCUCACCUGAGGUCAACAACUGUUAGUUACGGUUGAGGGGGAGGUGCAAGGAACAAAAUCAGUUAAAUAAAUUACUUUUUGUUUUUGUUUUGUUUUAAAACUUUCUGGUAACAAAACCUAUACUGUCUGAAAAGUGAUAAAUGGUGUGACCUGUUGGCCUAAAGAUACCUGUGUAGAAAUAAAGGUGAAGAAAAUGGCGGUUUCAUAUGUGGAAAGAAAACUCAAACUAGGGAAAAUAUAGUAGUUUUAUAUAUUGUCUUAAAAUAGUAUUAUGAACCGUAAAAUAACCCAGAACACUUAUCAUGGAAGAGUAGGGGUUAACCCUAUGCAUGCUAUGUUUCUGGUUCACAUAGCAAGCACCCUUGUUUAUAGUUUUCCUCAGGCUUGCGAACUCCAGUGAUUAAGUUCACUAAUGAGGCAUCUGUGGUCUAAUAUACAACAAUACAGCAAGUGUAUUGGCCCGACACUAAAAUCGCUGGCCUCGGUCAUGCAGACCAGUGUAAUAAUUCAGCUCAUUGGAGCUCGGGUGUUUUGGGUUUUUAUUUCUUCCAUGUUGAGGUAUAGCACUAGACACUGCAGAGAAAAAUAGUUUUCAAAAACUUGUUAUACAAAGUUAUUUUUUAACCAACUUUAGAACUGAAAUAUUGGAUAUUAUUUCACUUUAUUUGAAAAGUGGUUGUUUUGGAUGUUUAUUGAAACAUCUUGAGAGAAACCGUCUUAAAUUGGUUGCCUGUAAUUUGCCUCGGGUGAUAACGGCCCUUAAACUUCUCAACUACUCUAAAAAAUAGUGAGAUUGCACUUUAGGGAAACAAUUUUUUAGCAUGAAUGGCAUUUUAUUGUUUUAAUACUUGCACUAACUUUGAUAACUUUUUAUGAUACCUGGUUUUUACAAAAAAUGCUCUGUGAAUAAAAUGUGACUGCAUUGUUUUUAGCUGGAUGUGGAGUGCUUUAAAUUGAUAAUUGUUUGCUGUUUUUAUAUAAUUGGCAUUACAGUAAGAACAGGGUCUAGCUUUGUGGAUCUGCUUACCAUGGAAUUCUGCGCUAAUGGCCCUAGAUUUUCUUGCCUUAAUAGGGUGCAGUAAGCACAAAAUUCGGCAGUAAGCAGAGGUUUGGUUUGGUGUUCAUGUGUUCAUAUUAUAAUUUAUAAUAUUUGCAGAUUUUUUUUGGUCAAUAAACCGAAUAUUAUAAAAGCAGA